AUGACAAAGCCUGGAGAAGCACCUUCCACUGCCUCGGGCUGCAGCGGGGGUGAUGCUCAGCUCUUUGUCCUCACACCGGGAGAGGCAGGUGAGGAGACGGCUUGUGCCAGCCUCAGCGAUCUCUGCCUGGAGGGGAAGGGCUGUGAAAUCAGCAUGGAUGGCGUCGAGUUCAAGGCUCACAAGAUUGUCCCCUGUAGCUGCAGCCAGUAUUUCAGGGCUUUGUUCAGCAGCGGAUGGAACAGCACCGAAAAGACAGUCUAUAAAAUCCCUGGCACUUCACCCAACAUGAUGAGGCUCGUCAUCACACAUGCCUACACUGGGACAGCCCUGCUCAUGGCCGACAAAGUGGAGAGUUUGCUCAUGGCAGCAGACCAGUUCAGGGUCAUGGACAUCUUGUCAGGCUGUGCCGAGUUCCUCAAAUCCCAGCUCUGCUUGGAAAAUUACAGACAUUACCACUGUCCCGACCUGCGAGAUGCAGCCGACGUGUUCAUCCUCCACCACUUUGCGGAGGACCAGGUGUCCAUGGAGCUGCUCAACCUCUCCGUCCCUGAGCUCAGGCUCCUGGUCGAGCAGGUCGAGUGCAGCGGGACACGAGCCAACGCUAUCUGUGAGGCGGCAAUCCACGACCUGCCGAGCCACCGGCAGUGCCACGCAGCCUUGCAGCAGCCACAGCGCAGCUCCCCCACACGUGGGUGA